UUAUAAUAUAGCUAUCGCUAUAAAAUAAAUUUCUUUUUGCAAACUUUUUAGAGCGUGGUUUAGUCGGGUUUUAGUUUUUGAAGUUAUUAUUUUUUAUUUAAUUAAUUUUCGAGUGUAUUUAAGCAAAAGCUAUCAAUAUACAUAUAUAAACUAUAAAAGUGCUAAUUAAGUCCUUUCAUUUGAUACCCUACACGAAAUUAUUAAAUAUUUUUAGUUUCUUACUUUAUACUGUCUAGAGGGCGCUGUUGCCAAUUUAAUGUAACAUCACUUAGCCUAUAGCACGAAGGAAACUAAUUUCAACUAAAUUCGGCUUUAAUUUUAGGCUACUAAUACUUUAUAUCUACAUUUUCAAAUUAUAGAGCGGUAGUGAAGUGUGGAGUGUAAGAAAUGAAACAGUGAUAGCAUCCAUAGCCUUCCACCCUCGUGAGCAACUUUUAGUGAUAGCAACAUAUAAUGAACUUUAUUUCUGGAAUUGGAGUCAACCUGCUCCUUUUAAUAAAGUUUCUACUAACAACAUCAAUGAGAAAGUUCGGUAAGUCACUAUUACAAAAGACGGACAUUCUUUUAAUACCCAUAUAAGUUUUAAUAAGUUUUAUUUAUUUUUCAGCUAUGUUGCAUUUGAUGCUCUUGGUUAUAAACUUAUAACUGGAAUAUCACUUUGGUCUAGCCCUAGUGGUGGGCCUCCUACGGUCGUUCAACCAAAUGGUACCUGGGGUCCUCCUAAUACAACUAAUAAUAAUAGGAGAGAUGAUUUUGAUGAAAGCCCUAGUAACACCAAUAGGCCUCAAGAUAAUUCUGGAUCUGCUCAAGAUAUGAUAGUUAAUUCGUACCAAAACUUAGUUCAGAGAUACGACAGCUUAGUCAGAAAUUAUCAACGUCUAUUCAUGGUACGCCACCGUCUGAUCAGCAUUCCACCUCCACCAAACAUGAUUGACAGAGGAACGGAUCCGAUGGAAACAGAUUUUUCUUCUGGCACUUCAAGCUGGACACGUAUGGCCCGAUCAUCCACGUCUACGGCAUCAUUAGAUCGAGGAAGUCCAACUCCAGGACCUUCCCAUCGUCAAGAUGGAGGUGACAAUACAGAUGGCGAAGGAAACAGUAGCCGCUUACUUAAUCUUGAUGUUUUGUCAUUUAAUAGUAACCCAAACAGGAAUGAAGAAGGGCCUCCUCAAGAACAUUCCAUUUUUGGUUCCAGAUCAUCAGCAUUUCAACCGUUGACAGAUUCAGGAAGAUCUUUUAGACCUGUUGAUCAAAGUGAACGCACAACUAGACUUUUACCUAAUCCAUUCUCGUCUUCUAGUGGCAUUACUCAAACAAAUAGAAAUACUUUUCCUGAUAAUCCACGAAUUUCGCCAAGAAACUUUAAUAUGAAUACAUCACGUACUAGCAUUUUUACUUCGUCUCGCCCAGAAAAUUUGAGUAGAGAUUUCGCAAGGCGUAGGAGAAACUCUUCUCCGUCACAAAUUACUUCCAAUUUGAAUAGACCUAAUAAUUCCUCAAACCUUAAUGACGAUGGAGCUUCAACAUCGACCGCGCGCCCAUUAUCAAUUCUUUCAAGUUCGAUACUUGAAAAUUUGCCGUCAACUUCACGAACGACUAGCCAUAGGCCUACAAUGACUAAUUCAUCUACACAAAUGAGUCCUGUUUCUGCUCCUAUGAAUCAAACUAUAAAUGAAAGCCUAAACUUAAUUCGGGACAUACUAAGGGAUUCCGGUACACGUCUAUUAAAUCUGAUAACUAACAUGUCGUUAUCAACACUGGCAAGUGUUGAACGUAAUAUACCUCGGCGAGGGACUGGCUCGCGGACUCAUUCUGAUGAUAGUGAAGGCACCAACCGAUCCAGAGGAAUACGUCCUCGCGUCAGACUUUUUAGUUCCAGUCUCCGUCGAGAUUUCCUUUCUUCUAGUUCAGAUUCUGAUAGUGAUCAAUCACUGGAAGUUAAUAUUUUUAGAACCAGAAACUCAACUUUUCGAGAGGAUGAUUCAAGAGAAGAUGAUCAACCUAGCAGCGCUUCGACCAACGACAGAGUAUCCCAACCCACACCUACAGACCGUAUGGUUUUUGAACUUGGUGAAGAAACCCACAAUGAAGGGGCUCCUCGUGAAACAAAUGGUAUCAAUGUGUCAAUGUCAAAUAGCAGAUUCCGUGUUAGGACUCAAAAUAAUUCUGCGACUGACGAUCCACAGCCAUCUACUAGUACAUCUACAACAGCACAAGAUUCAGCAGAAACUCAUUCUCAAAACAAUUCUGACUUUAAUCCUGAUAGACCAUCGACUAGUCGUGAUAAUUCCUGGACGAGAGGUGGUACAAUCCCGCCAGAAGAAGCUUAUAGAAAGGUAAGGGGCGGUGUUGGUGCAUUACAAAGGCAUACUAUGCAACUUACAAAUAUUUGGUUACGUGGUACUCAUGUCAGUAUGAGAGAAUUAAGGACUAUGUGGGAAAACUUACGAAGACGAAUACUAACGCUGCACAGAGAAACGGGAAGACAAGAUUUGCCAAGCUAUACUAGGUCUUUUCUUGAACGAUGCAUGAUGCUAAUUGAAAUGUCAGAUAAUAUAACUCGUACCAAUAGACCAACGAGAAAUCAAAGAAACGAAGAAAGUGAUAGAACCGUAGUAGAAAACCGAAAUGAAUCUGGGACUACAACCAAUGCCAGUCCCGGGGUAACAGAAGGUGAAAAUAACGCUUCAACAGAAAAUAAUAACGAAUCUAGACAGUUGCAUGGAGGUAGAUCUACGCUAACCAGAUCCUCUGGAAUACGAUCUUCGCCUUCUCUGCGAAGAAGACUGCAAUCUAGUUAUAGAUGGCGACCGGAAGAUGAAAUACGGCGACGUUCAAGAAACCCUUCUUCGAAUCGAUGGGCUCCCCGUUAUUCCAAUAGAUCACGAAGAGAUUUUGCACGUGCAAUAGAAUUUAGUGCUACUCGACUUGAAAUCCGUAUGCGGGCAAUGCAAAUACUAUCUGUUAUGUUUAAAACUAUGAUGAUGUGCCUAAAAGAACGGGGUCUUAGUCAACUCAUUAUAAAUAUGUUACGGACAUUAAAAAAAGCUUUGGCCCUCACGGGUCUGAUGUUGAUGGCAAACAGAGGUGUUAGCAGGGCAAAUAAUCCAUCACAACGUGUAGAAUCAAUGAAUGUAGUUCGUAUUGAAAAUGUUGAACAUCCUGGUCCUGUUAAUGUGGAUGAGCCGGAUGAGUCUUCUCCACCACAUAUCCCAAAUCCCGAAGACGAACGUUUGGCUAAUAGUCAAAACGAAUCUGAAAACGUAUCCCUUCCUCAAACUCCAAUAGAAAAUGAAAUACAUAGUGAACCGUCCACUUCAAAUAUCACUAAUAUACAAAGAUGGAGCAAUCGUCUCGCAGUACAGAUAGCUGCUGCGAACAGAAACACCUCUAUCACUGCUAGAACAAGACGAGAUUUAUAUAUAGAAAGCAAACGGCAAAAAGCAUUACAUAGGACCAAUCCAAUCGCUCAUCCAUUAACGAAGAAAAGGGUUUUACCUCCAGUGUCAACUUAUAGAAUACCGGCGUUGCGUUCGUGGGCAACUAAAACUACAAGAAAUAAAACGAACACUGCUAGUCGUAGGCCUGAACCUUGUGACGAACCAGUGGCGGGCCCUUCUACAGCCUCUCCCCCUGUUGAGAAUUCGAAUCCUGAUUCUCCCAGGUCUGAAGUUAUUAAUGAAUUCGAACAUAGAGUAAAUUUAAUUAGGAUAGCUCAUAUGCAAGCGAUCAGGUUGAGAAAUGCCGCUCGGAAUAGAUUUCGUCGAUUACAAACAAUACGUUUGUAUACGCCGUCAUCUGUAAGAGAAAUGUUCGCUUUACAAACGAACAAUGGCGAUAGUAACCCAUCAGGAAGUAGGGCUCCGCUGCAGAGCGGGUCAGAGAUGGGUAAUCGUCGUCCUUUUGCAACAUAUCGGCCUCACAUUUUGACCCCUCGCAGUGAGUCUACAAAUAGAGCAUCGGAGGAGCCUGGACAGUUCCACGCGGUUCUAAAUAAUGUUGCCAUGCCACUGAUGCAAGUCAACGACCUACCCUUAAACCCUGACGCACCAGGGAAUCAGCAACAAAGGCUACCACGAAUUCAUGAAUAUUUACAACCCAUCAUACUCGCACAGGUAAUUAUAAUAAUAAAAAACAUUAUAUAUCUUUACAUUUUUUAUAUUAAAAGUUCCUUUGUGCUUGAACCCGAAAAAUAAUCGAUGGAUCGACAAAAGAUUUUCUAACUACUCCAUUAUCACAUAAUUUCUUUAUCAUUAUGUGAUAAUGGAGUAGAUAGAAAUCAUCUUCCACUCAGACUCAUCAC